UUGCAGGGGAUAUCUGUGGAAGGUGCCAGCAUCUAGGUCUGGGUAGGAUUUAGGCUAGUUGAGAGGAGGUAGGAGAUUAAAACACUGAACACCCGGAGAAGCUUGAGAGAUAGGAUUAGUAAGUGGUGUUUGAGAGUGGGACCUCAUUUUCUGUAUUUUUUUAGAAGACAGUCUUCCCACACUGACAGUACUUUUGGUUACAUUUCUGUACUGACAAUAGGUGUGACACAAGGACCCAUACAUGUAUGCUCAAAAUGAUGGGGGAUACAGUAUGUGCAUGAAGUAUGUACUUUUUAUACAAAUUGUGUGGAAUAGUUAAAAGAGAGUUUGCUGGUUGAACACUGUAAAGGACUGUAGUAAAUAUGGAGGUCUCAGAAAUCCAUGUGGGCAUAUAUUAGAUUAGAGAGUGUCAUAAUGUUUACAUGUUCCACAGGUUCACCCAGAAAUCAGCCUCCUGGGCCAUGUCGAUGUUAAAGCUUGUGCCUUCUGAGCGCCAGCAGACCGCAAGUGGACUAGUGGAUGAUUCCUCUUGCCUGAGCAAGAGAUGGCAUAAUACCUGGAAUUGGCCACCACGAGUGUCCCAGCUUUAGAAGCCAGCUGGAUGAAGGGAUGUAAUAGGAGCCUGGGAGGGACACUGAAGUCAGCAGUGGGGGGGGAGGGGCCUGGACACACCCCUUCCCCCCCAGACUCCUCCCCGUCAGGGUCCACCCGGCCAUGGACUUUGGACCUGGAUAAGUGGAGAGAAGCUGUGCUUUGGUGGAUCUGAAUCUCAGUUUUGAAAAUGGAGUGUUAAGGGGUGGGGGUGGGGGGGCUUGAGGAUCUCCAGGGGAGCAACUGAGAGAAGCAAAGAAAGUAAUUCUAUGGCAGCUUGACUUGAGAAAUGGGCGUUAAAUGGCCUUACCUCUCCCUCCUGAACUAGAUAGACUCUGGCUGAAAGACACGAGGUGAGAUCUGUCUGGUACAUGGCUUCUUCCUAGUCCCAGCCCAGAAGAAUAAACCCUUAGACUGGGGAAGUGAGCCAGGCAAGCCAAAGGCAGCCUUGAGCCCUCCCCUUGCCUGCCCUCCCCUGUGGGGGCCAGGAUGCUGAAGAAGCAGUCUGCAGGGCUUGUGCUUUGGGGUGCUAUCCUCUUUGUGGGCUGGAAUGCCCUGCUGCUCCUCUUCUUCUGGACACGCCCAGCCCCUGGCAGGCCCCCCUCAGAUAGGGCUAUCUCUGAUGCCCCUGCCAGCCUCACCCGUGAGGUGUUCCGCCUGGCUGAGGACGCUGAGGUGGAGUUGGAGCGGCAGCGGGGGCUGUUGCAGCAAAUCAGGGAGCAUCAUGCUUUGUGGAGACAGAGGUGGAAAGUGCCCACCGUGGCCCCUCCAGCCUGGCCCCGUGUGCCUGCGACCCCCUCACCAGCCGUGAUCCCCAUCCUGGUCAUUGCCUGUGACCGCAGCACUGUCCGGCGCUGCUUGGAUAAGUUGUUGCACUAUCGGCCCUCAGCUGAGCAUUUCCCCAUCAUUGUCAGCCGUCUCUGCGGGCACGAGGAGACAGCACAGGUCAUUGCUUCCUAUGGCAGUGCAGUCACACACAUCCGGCAGCCAGACCUGAGUAACAUCGCUGUGCCCCCAGACCACCGCAAGUUCCAGGGUUACUACAAGAUCGCCAGGCACUACCGCUGGGCACUGGGCCAGAUCUUCAACAAGUUCAAGUUCCCAGCAGCUGUGGUAGUGGAGGACGAUCUGGAGGUGGCACCAGACUUCUUUGAGUACUUCCAGGCCACCUACCCACUGCUGAGAACAGACCCCUCCCUUUGGUGUGUGUCUGCUUGGAAUGACAAUGGCAAGGAGCAGAUGGUAGACUCAAGCAAACCUGAGCUGCUCUAUCGAACAGACUUUUUUCCUGGCCUUGGCUGGCUGCUGAUGGCUGAGCUGUGGACAGAGCUGGAGCCCAAGUGGCCCAAGGCCUUCUGGGAUGACUGGAUGCGCAGACCUGAGCAGCGGAAGGGGCGGGCCUGUAUUCGUCCAGAAAUUUCAAGAACGAUGACCUUUGGCCGUAAGGGUGUGAGCCAUGGGCAGUUCUUUGAUCAGCAUCUUAAGUUCAUCAAGCUGAACCAGCAGUUCGUGUCUUUCACCCAGUUGGAUUUGUCAUACUUGCAGCGGGAGGCUUAUGACCGGGAUUUCCUUGCCCGUGUCUAUAGUGCCCCCCUGCUACAGGUGGAGAAAGUGAGGACCAAUGAUCAGAAGGAGCUGGGGGAGGUGCGGGUACAGUACACUAGCAGAGACAGCUUCAAGGCCUUUGCUAAGGCCCUGGGUGUCAUGGAUGACCUCAAGUCUGGUGUCCCCAGAGCUGGCUACCGGGGCGUUGUCACUUUCCAGUUCAGGGGUCGACGUGUCCACCUGGCACCCCCACAAACCUGGGAAGGCUAUGAUCCUAGCUGGAAUUAGCAGCACCUGCCUUUCCCUGCUGGAUCUGCUUGUCAUAUCAUGAGCUGAGACAGGCCUGCAGUCCCUGAGCUGUACCAUCCUGUCCCUGUUUCCCUCUUGGGUCUAUAUAUCUCCUAUUUCUGUGCCCCCCUCCCUCCCUGUGGCAUUCUAGUGCAUAAAUCAUGAUGAGGGUUAUACUCCUGUUGUCCAGGGAGUCAUCAGGAGAACUAUUGUGUGGUGUAGUUGGGGGUAUUGAACAAGAAACCACUGUGUGGUAUGGGGAGGCUUGGGCUUGUUGGGGCCAAGGAGUCCUGAGUUCUCUGGAAGGGCAUCGCAGAGAGCUUGGCAACUCGAGCUCUCUUGACCAAGCCUGUUGACCCUAACCUGGCUCCUGUUAAAUGUGAGCUCACCUUGUGCACCUGUUCUUCCAUUCUCCACCUUCCCCCAGUGUGGGGCUGGGAUAUGGAAGAAGGAUUGGGUUUGUGGCCAAAUGAGACUAACCAAAGGGGUUUCACUGUCAGGAUCAGAUUGGAGUUGUUGAGGUGCCAGGGUUCAGGGCCUCCUGACGUCUUUUAUUGCUGACUCUCUCAGUGCUCUUCUACAAUGGAGCAGUUUGUGGCUGUGAGAUGGGAAGUGCUCGAGCCAGGUGUCAGGAAGAUGUCGGGAGGAAAGCUAGUACGUGGGCACCCCUCCUUUUUGGAAGUCAGUUCCCUCCUUCUUUAGGAGGAUUUGGUGCCAGCCUAGAGGAAGAUGAGGACUGACUUCUGUGCCUCUUUUCCCCUGGGGUUUGGUGAGGAGGCUCCUCUCUGAGGGCUGGCUUUUGGUGGCUGUCUCAGAGCAAAGUACACCAAUAGCUGAGACCAGGACAUCUCUGGCCCCAAAGCAGCUCCUGCCCUGCCUUCCUCACCCUCCCCCCACCCCCACCAAGAUGCAGGUAGCUGGUUGGAGAGAAAUCUGUGUGUUUUUGUUUGUUGCCUGACCUUAGUUUCAUGGAAGAAAAUGGAAUCUACAGAAUUAUUUUCAAAAAUAAAGUAAAGGCUGAAUUGUCUGAAAAA